CAAGAAUCGAGUCAUCCUACAUGGUUCGACUCCGUCAGACUGUGGCAGAAGAUUUAUUUGCAUCUAAACUACACGGUGUGGGAUUGAUCUGCAUCCAUCGAUCUUGAUCAAGUGCGACCAUUGCAUACAUGUAGUUCUCCCCACCGCUACUAUGCGCUGGCCAGCGAGAUUAGCCUUAUUCUUUGGGGCCUUCGAGCCCGUCCUUUCCCAAAUUACUGGUUCAUUGUCAGCAGCUAACAAGAACACGCCUCCUUACAUGCUGUUACAUCAAAACGAACAAAAUGCCACCGUGAGAUUCCAAGCCGUAUGCCCCGGUUUGGCGGACAGAUAUGAUUCAGGCUUGUCUCUAGAAUUAAAUGUUGGUGUAGCAGAAGUAGCCUGUGGUGGACAGGGCAUCUCUUUGAAUGGAGAUGAUCUGAUCCACAGCUGGAACGGAAGUUCCGGAUCUGGAUCUGGAUUAAUUACAUCAUUCCACGGAAAUGCAGCUCUGACUGCCAAUUGGCAGAGUGUUUGCGUUCAACCUCCUGCAGGGGCAUCCGAGAAGGAUACAACACAGUACCUGACCGUUCGGGUUGAGCACAUCGGAGAUGUUGAUAUGGCCGGAGAACUCGGCUUUACCGCUUCCUUCAAGCAGAUGCACAAACCGGUAAUUCUCCGACUUUAUACUUCACCGUGGGAUUUGUCAGACAGUAUCUCAUUUGACGAGAACUGGGGCAGUAUAGCGAUGGUGAAUCAUCCUUCCGAAGACCCGCCAGACGAGUCUAUUGGACAGCAUUGGGACGACUUGCUGCAGUUGAAGGCAAAAUACCACCAGCUAGGGCUGCAAAUCCAAGAGGAAGAGCACAAGAUCCGAGAAAUGCUGCAACAAGAUUGUCCAAGCAACCCCUCAAGCUGGAAGAAUUGCAGGAGUCUCGGAUGCAGGUUCAAGGUGUCAAUAACCAAGGUUCCUGAUCUAAUUCGUCAAAUCAGAUAUCGAUUCGGACCUUUCCCAUCGUCAUUGCCUGCUAGCUAUUGCUCGCGGUGCCCACAGCAAGGCGAAUGCGCAGCAGCUUCUAAGCCAGAGUCGGAUCCAACAUCAACCGAAAAACCAGGCAGCUCACCCCAGAAAACACCACAUACCACAGCACAAACUGUGCCGACCGAAGCCGAAUACUCCUACAGCGCCCAGGACAUCUUCACCAUAUGUGCAGUAGUCAUUCUCGCAAGCGCCGUGCUCGUAUUUGGAUUCACGCUUUGUCGCAGCACGACGUAUUGCCGACGACGUCGAGCAGACAGGGCUGCCCGCCGCGAGGAGAGACACGCGCGCUGGGCUUACGGCCUAGCCGCCCACAGGCUUCGAUGGAGACAGUGGUGGGAGGGAAGUUCUCACUCUGCAGAACCCGCGCGAGAGGAACUCAUAUCCCCACCAAACUACAACAUGGCCAUGAUCGAACAACCCGAACAACCGCGCCUUUCGGACCUGGAGUCCGAUAUACCGCCCGAGCCAGGCGUCAUGCAAGCUGAAAUCCGCGGUUUCAGACAGGCGCUUGCGUAUGUCGGGGAACUUGUCCGAAGCCCAGCCCGCGAGAGAGAAGGGCCGUACUCUUCUUCUCCUCGAAUGAACCCAAACUCAGAUCACGAGAUUACCGGGCUUCUCGGUCGGCCGGCAAAUACGGCCGCAUCGUCGACAGCGGGUCUUUCGACGGUGUUUUCAACGGGCACGAGUAGCUUGUUGAGUCUGGAUACUCCAUCGUCUGCGACGGUAGAUACGCUGGAGACGGCGGAUACCGCCGACCCGCCGAGCUACCAUGCUUGAGUCUAGGCUCUCAUUGUAUUAUUUAUCUUUUUGGAACUAGUUCGUGUUACACAGUACAUACUCCGUAUAAUAAUGACCAAAUUUUGUUUCAU